CUGCGUUCUUUUUUAUUUAUAUACAUUGAAUAACAACAACCCUGUUCAAUACAUUCUAGGAGGUAUUAACGAUUUAGCCUCUCAGCAUAUAGCUCGUCGAAACAGAGGAGAUCGACUUGAAUACGGAUAAAAGAAAUCCGAUCGCUCCAUACAAAAGAGUUUAACCCAAUUAAUUAGCUCGGAUAAUGCAUUCUUUGUGACUCGUGAUCUCAGACCGGGACAAAGUCUUCCAAGCUCCAUGACCCCUUGAAAUCACAGGCGUGUAAACUGUAACAUCAUGUGAAGUCCAGAAAGUAUUAACUUUAUUUUUACAAAUAUCCGCCCGGAACCAGUUAGCGAAAAUCGAUGAAGACAAUAAGAAGUCUACAGAUCAAGAUCACAUGCUUGGACGUUCGGAUCACGAGGAUCAGGGAUUAUCCUCGAGGAUUUUUAUUCUCAACUUAUUGGCAUUCACUGAGCCAUGCUGAGACACAGUAGUGACGAUCUAGAUCUUGUAGCUGACUGCAAAUGAAAGAGAAAGGUUGCCUCUCUGUGGCUACUACACUGAGUCUCCUGGUCGGAGUAUUGGUUGCCCAGACCUACAACAGCACAGUGGCUAUCAUGAAGGAGCUGGUCGAGAGCGGGGAGUACCACACGGAAGUACGGCCGCUCAAAGACCAGGCUCAGGUCAUGCGUGUCACGGCGGAAUUUGAAAUUGUUUCUAUUGUGCGGAUAGAUGACGUCACGCAGAGCUUCACGGCCAACGGAUUUUUGCUGUUGAACUGGACAGAUGAGCUUCUGACCUGGGAUCCAGACAAGUACAGUAACCAAACAUUGAUACAUCCAGUCCCAGAAAAUAUCUGGAGACCUAGAGUUGUGCUGAUGAAUACUUUGGAAGACAGAGAUCUCUUUGAAAACGACGUGGCGCCAGUAUUCAUAAAUAACAAAGGCUAUGUCAGCUGGGUGCCUGGAAGCUUGAUCCCGUCCUCGUGUGAGCUACACAUGGCAGACUAUCCCUUUGAUAAGCAGACGUGCACUAUCACUUUUUUGGCUAUGAAGUACACAACUUCUGAGCUGGUCUUCGUGCCAGGCUCAGUGAAAGUCAAACAAGACUUCUUCAUCAAGCACGGCGAAUGGGACUUGACCGACACCAGCUUGAACGUCACUGAUCGGCUGUCUGGCUACUGGAAAGGUUCUGCCAUUCAGUUGACAUUUACAAUGAAAAGAAGACCAGCGUUUCUGUUAAUCAACAUUGUGCUUCCGGUUGUCUUUCUUUCAUUUCUCAACCUUUUGGUGUUCCUUAUUCCAGCCAAAUCAGGGGAGAAAAUUAGUUAUGGUAUAACUGUGCUGCUGGCUUUGUCAGUCUUUAUCAGCAUUGUGAGUGGUAUGCUGCCAAGAUCGGGCACUGAGAUUCCCAAACUGACCAUCUACCUCUUCUUGCUUCUCAUUAUCUCCAUGCUGACAGUCAUCGACAGUAUCAUCAUUGUUUACUUAGCUCAUAAAGACGAGGAGAAGACAUCCUACUUGAAAGCCAAAGAAAACUUUAAAAGUCUUUUUUCUAAAACAAGAAGAAUGACCCAAACCGUCACCACCAUGAUGAACAAGGCACAUCAAGAGGAUUGUGGUCAGGAUGAGGUCAAAGAGCCAAGAAGAAUGACUCCAAGUAUUUUGGACAUACUGAAAAGAGUACCCCAGGUGGACUGCAUUCAAGAUGAGCUUCAAGAAUCACAAGUUGCUGAUUCUCCUCAUCCCAGAAGUGCGUCGUCAGUAAACUCUAAAGAUGAAGCCAAUCAAGUGAAGGGUUCAAAAGUGACACUUACGCCACCUGGCGUCAACAACUACAGACUCAUUAGCAAACACAUUGACCGCGUCUCUUUCUUUGUGUUUUUUAUACUGUGGAUCUUCGUGACUCUUGGCUUUUUAUGUAGCAUGUCUUUCUAAUACAGUUGAUGUAUAUAUACACGUUUAACAGUUUAUAUAUAUAUAUAUAAAUAUAUAUGUAUAUUUAUGAUAUAGAAUGUAAAGAAUAUGUUGUAUAUAUAUAUUGUAAUAACUUAAGUGAGUCAACUCAACGAGGACAUAGACGUUUAUUUACACGGAGACAUGACAAACACAAAGGGCAUCUGCCUUGAGUACAGCAACUCCAUAUUGGCUCUCUACUUGGGCGGAAAUCGUUAGUCUCUUAUGUCAA